ACAUUGAAUCGGUCUCUCGCGCUCGCUCUCUCUCUCUCUCGCAGUCUCUCUGUGCUACUUCCGUCAUGGCUACUCUGGACACCGAUAUUAACAUGGUUCCCGUUGGCGAGGGUUCCAGUGGUGCUGGUCCUUCAUCUUCAACGAAGAAACCGAAAAGAUUCGAGAUUAAGAAGUGGAAUGCCGUCGCCCUUUGGGCUUGGGAUAUUGUUGUUGAUAACUGUGCAAUUUGCAGGAAUCAUAUCAUGGAUCUGUGCAUAGAGUGUCAGGCUAAUCAAGCUAGCGCGACUAGUGAGGAGUGCACGGUAGCUUGGGGUGUGUGCAACCAUGCGUUUCACUUCCACUGUAUCAGCCGAUGGCUUAAGACCCGUCAAGUGUGUCCUUUAGAUAACAGUGAGUGGGAGUUUCAGAAGUACGGCCACUAGAGUUGGAAAUGGUGCGAUGGGACUUGGUCAUCUCUUGCAGCUGAUUUCAUUGGUUGAUGUAG